UGGGCGGCCCCGUGGAGCGGCAUGGGCGGAGCUGCGUCAUGGCCGCCGGGCGCCUCCCGCCGGGCGCGCUCACCCUCAAGCAGUUCCUGAGGCGGCAGCAGGUCCUUGAGUUGUACCGCAAGAUCCUCCGUGCUAUCCGGGAGGUCCCUGCUGAACAGGAUCGCCGCUACUUAAAGGACUGGGCCAGGGAGGAAUUCAGGAGAAAUAAGGAUGCUACAGACGAGGAUGCAAUCAGGAUGAUGAUUACUCAAGGCAACAUGCAACUUAAGGAACUUCAGAGAACACUUAAGCUGGCAAAAUCCUGAUCUUAAUUUUGUUGACAGCCGGGAUUUUCUGCAAUAUUGCAAUGUUGACAGUUCGGGAUCUGCUGCAAAUAAGCACAGUGUUUUUUUUUUCCAGAAUCUGGUUAUAAUGGCAGCCUUUGCUGGCAUCCAGGUAAUAUUUGAAGGAGGAAUUUACCACAAAGGGAUGGUUUUUCCCUYUCACUAUCUGCUUCUCCAUUUGUCUACCCUCAGAAGUGGAAAUCACUUGGACACAAAGAACUUUAAAGAACUGCAUGGAUGAUGUAGAAUGUGGUGCAGGAGAAGCAGAAAGCACCAAAAAUUACAACUCUGUUUAUGCCAGUGAAAUGGAAAAUAAAUACAUGGAUUAUUAUGUCUGCUUUUUACUGUGGUAACUGUAAGUGGUAAUAUUCACAAUGACUGYUCUUCAUGUACUGUGCCAGGAUUUUCACCAAAAUUUGUGAUUAAAAAAAAAWUAGGAUAAAUAAAUGGGUGCAGAACAAACAAGCAU